UAAAUUCUGACGAAGAAAACGACGUAAGUAAGGCGAGGAGAAGACUGGACUCCUGCAUCGCUGGAUUGAACGAGAUCAUCGGCGAUGCCUGCGCGAUAUUUGCCGGCGACAGUGGCGCAGCGAGGAAGAAUGGAUGCCGAACGCGCGACGCGAGUGACGUCGGCAGGCGCCGAGUGAAUUUCUAACGUAACACUGCCGGCGCGAACAUGCGUGUCCUAUUCCGCGAGAGCUACGGGAACGAGAAGGAGACGGUCUACGUGAAGUCGGAAGAUGGUUCCAGGGUGAACGAGGUGAAACCCAACGCGACCGAGGCGCAGACCGCUCGUUCCUGGAUCGGGACCGUCGUCAAGGAGAUAUUCCUGCCGCAAGGCUAUCCGGACAGCGUGCACCCCGACUACACGGCGUACCAGAUAUGGGACACGGUUCAGGCAUUUGCGAGCACCAUAAUGGGCACGCUCACCACUCACUCCAUAAUGCGUGGAAUAGGUGUUGGAGAGUCGAGUGCUACACCCUUAGCAGCGGCGAUAACGUGGAUCCUGAGAAAUGGUACUGGAAUGAUCGGGAGCAUACUGUUUGCAUGGUGGAAUGGGACCAGGUUGGACGGGCAGUGUAAGAAGUGGAGGCUGUUUGCCGAUAUUUUAAACGACGUCGCGAUGGGAAUGGAAUUGCUCGUGCCAUACUUUUCGUCGUGUUCAAUCGCGAUUCUUUGUAUCUCUACCAUCAUGAAGUCCAUUGUCGGUGUCGCUGGCGGUGCUACGAGGGCAGCGUUGACUCAGCACCAAGCAAUACGGAAUAAUCUGGCGGACGUUUCUGCCAAAGACGGGAGCCAAGAAACAUGCGUAAAUCUAAUCGCCUCGUUCUUCGGCAUCUUUAUACUGUCCUUGUUCCAUAGUGGACAAUACUUAAUAGAAUUGUAUCUCUUCCUGGUGGCAGUCCAUCUCUACGCGAAUUAUUCGGCGGUUAAAGCACUGUGUUUAGAUACACUCAACGAGGACCGUCUGGCCUUGAUCGUUAAAAGAUACAUGCUGAACGAGCACGUACCAGAGCCGCCGGAAAUCAAUGAAGAAGAAUCGGUAUUUCUGCUUGGAAACCCUACCAAGAGCGUGUGCGGUUUUGACAUAAAAAUUGGCGCUUCAUUCGCGAGCGUCUUGAAAGAGGGCAUCAUUUCAUCGAUGGAGAUGGAAUUCUUGUUAAAAUUCUUUGAGGAUCGAAAAUACCUGAUAACGGUCGAUAUCGAAAGGAGAGAUAUAUUUGUCAUUCUCAAGAAGGAUAUACGGCCUGUUGAAACACUGGAAGCGUACUUUUACGCUUCCAUGUGCGGCUUCUACAUCUGCAUAGCGAGAAAAAUACCAACCGAGUUACUGCUAAGAUCCGAUACAUCCCAGCUAUCGUAUCCGCUGUUAAAUGUAUAUGUCCUCCACAAAAAGUUCGCUGAUUCAAACAGCAAUGUACAAUUGUCGAUGACCAUCCAAAGUGUCUGCGCUACGGAUUUAAUCGUCUCUAACGAGUACAAAGCGUUCGUUAGCAACUUGGAGAUAAAUGGCUGGAAAACGGAAACAAAUUUAUUGGCAGUUGGCGCAUGGAGGUUGUCCAUGGGAGCUGGUGAACAAUAAAAAUAACAAUAAUAAUAAUAAUAAUAAUCCGUAACGAUAAUAAUCGAGUAUUUGACAUGCAUUUAUACCAAUUGUUGAUAAUCCUCCAUCAAUAUUAAUUAUUCCUCUAUUGAUACAUUUCUUCUGUUAGACUGAAACCUAAUAGGAGGUUGUAAUCAACCAAGAAUACGACAAUAAAAAGCCGCUUUGCAAAGUA